CGCCGUAGCAAGAAGAUGGCGGCGCCCGCGGGCCGCGACAGCGAGGAGGAGGAGGCUUUGGUGAGCUACGGCACCGCGCUGCGGCCUCUAAUUGAAGGUGAACAUAUUAAGAAGCCAGUUCCUCUUCAAGAGCAGACUGUUAGAGAUGAAAAGGGGCGAUACAAACGUUUUCAUGGAGCUUUUACUGGUGGCUUCUCUGCUGGCUACUUCAACACCGUUGGUUCAAAAGAAGGAUGGGCACCUUCAACUUUUUUAUCCUCACGUCAGAAGAGAGCAGACAAAACAGCCUUUGGACCAGAAGAUUUUAUGGAUGAAGAAGAUCUUAGUGAAUUUGGGAUAGCACCUAAAGAAAUUACGACAACAGAUGACUUCGCUUCCAAAACCAAAGACAGAAUAAAAGAGAAAGCUAGACAGAUUGCAGGGGUAGCUGAACCCAUCCCAGGAGCAAGUGUGCUGGAUGAUUUAAUAGCACCUGCAAGAAUAACAAUUGGUGUUGAAUUGUUGCGAAAAAUGGGAUGGAAAGAAGGACAAGGAGUUGGACCUCGAGUCAAGAGAAAGCCAAACAAGCAACAACCUGAUCCUACAGUAAAAAUAUAUGGCUGUGCAUUACCACCUGGAGCGUCUGGAUCUGAGGGUGAAGAGGAUGACUAUCAGCCAGAGAAUGUGACAUUUGCACCCAGAGAUGUAAUGCCUGUUCAGUUGACUUUGAAAGAGAAUGUUCAUGGACUUGGUUACAAGGGUCUGGACCCUACCCUGGCCUUAUUUGGGGUUUCAGGAGAACACAUUAAUCUUCUUGAUGAUGACUUUGAGAAGUCAAAUAAUCUGCUUGGUGAUGUGAGGAAUCGUAAAGGAAGAAAACUGGGUAUCUCAGGCCAGGCUUUUGGCGUAGGAGCUUUAGAAGACGAUGAUGAUGAUAUCUAUGCUACUGAAAAAUUGUCCAAAUAUGAUACCGUUCUAAAAGACGAGGAACCUGGAGAUGGACUGUAUGGCUGGACUGCACCAAACCAAUAUAAAAACAAGAAAAGAUUAGAAGCUGAAGUAAAAUAUAUUGGCAAAAUUCUGGAUGGCUUUUCUUUAGCAUCUAAGUCGGCAGCUCCAAGCAAGACUUAUCCACCACCUGACCUGCCAAGGGGUUACAGACCAGUCCAUUACUUUCGACCUGUGAUAACAGCUAGCAGUGAAAACUCCCCCUUACUGAAGGCAUUGGUGGAAUCUACUGGAAAGCUUGAGAGUGAUACAGCACAGCAAAGCAGGCAUACGCUGAAUGCAUCUCAGAGGAGGGACUUGUUAGGAGAAACUGCUCUAAAAGGUCCAGCUCCUUCUGUUUUAGAGUAUCUGUCAGAGAAAGACAGAGAGAGAAUCAGAGAAGCAAAACAAGCAUCUGAACAACAACUGAAAACAAAACCAUUGCCUCAGCAGUCCAUACAUAGUAGAUUUCAGUCAGCUUGCCAAGAAAGCGCUCAUCAGAAAUGGCAAAUGGCAUUGGGGGAGCCGUUAGCAACUGCUGGCUCUAGUGACUUCAAACCAUUUGCAAAAAAUCCAGAAAAACAGAAGCGCUAUGAAAACUAUGUAGAGAGCCUUAAAAAAGGACAAAAAGUAGAUACUCUGGUGAGUUGUUUAGACCCAAGCAUGACAGAAUGGGAGCAAGGAAGGGAGCAGGAAGAAUUCUUUCGUGCAGCAAUGUUCUACAAAUCCUCCAACUCAACCCUGUCAUCUAGGUUUACCCGAGCCAAGUAUGAAGAUGACACUGAAAAAGUAGAAGUUCCUCGAGACCAAGAGAAUGAUAUUGAUGACAAAGAAUCUGCUGUGAAAAUGAAGAUGUUUGGCAAGCUCACAAGAGAUAAGUUUGAGUGGCAUCCUGAGAAGCUGCUGUGUAAAAGAUUUAAUGUUCCUGAUCCCUAUUCUGAUUCAUCUAUUGUUGGGUUACCCAAAGUGAAGCGUGACAAGUAUUCUAUAUUCAAUUUCUUAACUCUACCGGAGACCGCUACAACAACUGUAACUCAAACAACAAAUGAAAAAAUGCAACAGACUACCAAUCCUAACAAGCCAAAGAAACCAUCAAGAUGGGAUGUAUCUGACAAAGAGAAAAAGAAAAAGGAUUCCAUCAGUGAGUUUAUUAGUCUUGCUAGAUCAAAAGUUGAUGUUCAGCAGCAACAAGAACCAGCAACAGAGAAAGACAAAAGCAGAACAAAUGAAGCUCUUCCUAAUAAGGUAGUUAAUGAAAGUGUGGAUCAGAAAGAAGAAGAAGAAAGCAGACCAUCCAUGGAUUUAUUUAAAGCUGUCUUUGCCAGUUCCUCAGAUGAAAAAUCAUCCUCUUCUGAGGAAGAAAGUGAUGAAGAAGAGCAUCAAACAGCUGCUGCAGGGCCAGCCUCAGAAAGUACUAAGUGUGCUGAUCCACCAGAUAACUCGUCUGCUGUACAAGACCAUGCAGUGGUUACACCUGAGCCAGAUCUUCCUAUGCCAUCUGCUUUAAAGGAGAAGCUAGAUGAAAGGGAAUUUGGCCCGAGAUUGCCUCCAGUUUUCUCUUCUGAUACUGUACAACAGCAUGAGCCAGUACAGCUAACAAGUUUUUCUGAAGUGAAUCAAAAAGAAAAACGUAAAAAGAACAAAGAAAAACACAAGACCAAGAGAGAGCACAAGCACAAAAAGGAGAAGAAAAAGAAACAUAAGAAGCACAGACACAAAGGAAAACACAAGAAUAAAAAAUCAGAGAAAAACAGUAGCUCUGACACUGCUGAAAGCAGUGACAGCCUUAGUGAUGCAGAGAUGAAUGUGGAUUUAUCACCCCACGAACUUCUAAGGAGGCUGAAAGACCUGCCAAUAACGAAGAGGUAGUUUGCUGAAGUUGCUGUAUGACUUGAUCUCCUCCAUGAUGGUAGAUCAAAUAUGUAUAUGUAGUGUAUAGUUUGAUGCACUGUAAAUAUUGUAUUUAUGUUGAAUUGGUUUGAAAGCAUAAAUUUAUACCUGUUUGUGUGAUGCUUUGCAGUUUUAAUCCAUAUAAAUUAUGGAAUGCUGGAAAGACCCUUAGAUUUUUUUGUGACUGCAUUAUCAACAGGAAUAAUGAAGUGUCUACAUUUUAAUUAAAUGGGACUUAAGAUAUUUUAAUAAACUGUGCAUUACAAACGGUGUUUCUGGUACUUUAAUCAUUGUCUCAAAGUUCCAAUUACCUACUGCAAACAUAAACAUAACUGACUUCUGAAGGAAGUGAAACUAGAAAGUGAGGUAGGCAGAAUUUAUAGAGAGAAAUAUACUCCAUUCUCUAUCCAUAUUGCAGAUACUCAGAAUGCAACAUUUCCUAUCACUUAGAUAUUGUAUUCCUCAGCUUUUCAAAAAUUGUCCAUGUGUUUUAGAAUUUUGUGUAGUAGAUCAUAAUAUGAUUUCUUAAGUAAAUAAAUGACCUGUCAUUCUGCAUGAUACACAUUUUAAAAUAGGAUUAUAGUACUGGAUUGUCCAACAUAUGGCCUGCGGGCCAGAUUUGGCCCACAGUCUCUCUAAUCUGGACUGUUGGGCUAUCAGAGGGCACUGAAAGUUGGGCCUUUGCCUCCAUUGGGCAUGGCCAUCAGCAAACAGCUUGGCUUGCUGCCACCAGAUCCCACACUCCUGCUGCCCCUGCCCCAUCUGUACCCUGCACUGCCUCUGCUUCCAUUGGACUCUGCACUACCUCUGCUUGUGCUGCUGCUGGACCCUGCACAUCUGCUGCAACUGUGGGAGUCCAUGCUCCCACCACAGUGGCCACUGCAGAAGCCCUCAUGCCCUAGGUUAGAUCCAGCCCACAAGGAUCCCUGUGGUUCAGAUCUGGCCUAGGGCCCCAGGGGUGCUUGACAAGCAAGGGUGUAGAGUAUGCAACCACGGUAUUUCUACAAUAUUCUACAUUUUUUGUUUUAUUUAACAAGAUGACAAUGUUGAAAACCCCAAAAUGUCUUGGGAAACAAUGAUCUUCUCUUUACAAGUUUAUAUCUUUCCUUGCUGCGUACAGUAGCACUUAAAUUUCAACUUUCUUUAAUGUGUUAAAGUACAAAGAAGACUGAACUCGUAGGGUUGUUUAUGAUACAAACUAUGAAAUAAUGCUAAGAUAUGUGAUUGAAUUCC